GAAGAAAGAGAGAGAGAGUGAACAAACACAAACACACACAAAAACAAAACAAAGAGUAGAGUGGUGAUUCACAGCAACAAUAAACUGCACCUUCUCGCAAAGCAAUGUCUGUCAUCACCUGAAUUCUAUGCUUUUUCACGUUCCCUUCUUCAAUUUCGUGCAAGUAAUAACUUUCACUACUUAACAAAAAACUAAAUUCAACUGCAUUUUGUAUAUUCGAUGCUAAAUUCUUCAUUUCUUUUGUUUUCAAGAUCUUAGAGGAUAAUGCUAUUUCUGGAAAAUAUUUUUCAGAUGAAUGCUUGAUCCAGCUUCAAAUCUUCCAUUCUUAACAUUUUUUCUGCAUACUGUUACUUGCUUAAUCAAAGCUUGAUUUUAGGUUGAUUAUCAGAGAAGAUGGCGUCGUGGGACCAUAUGGGGGAUUUUGCAAAUAUAGCGCAAUUGACUGGUGUUGAUGCUGUGAAGUUGAUUGGUAUGAUUGUGAAAGCUGCAAGUACUGCAAGGAUGCAUAAGAAAAACUGCAGACAAUUUGCAAUGCAUUUGAAGUUGAUCGGGAACUUGUUGGAGCAGCUCAAGAUAUCUGAGCUGAAGAGGUACCCGGAAACUAGGGAGCCUCUGGAGCAGCUUGAAGAUGCACUCAGAAGGUCUUAUAUGUUGGUUCAUAGUUGUCAAGAUCGGAGUUACCUGUAUUUGUUGGCAAUGGGAUGGAAUAUUGUUUAUCAGUUCAGGAAGGCUCAAAAUGAAAUCGAUAGAUACCUACGUCUUGUUCCUCUUAUCACUCUUGUGGACAAUGCUCGAGUCAGGGAGAGACUUGAGGUUAUUGAACAUGAUCAGCGGGAAUACACAUUAGACGAUGAGGACCAACAGGCGCACACAGUUAUUUUAAAACCUGAUCCUGACAAGGAGGAUACUGCAGUGCUGAAGAAAACUCUCUCCUGUUCUUACCCCAACUGUACUUUCCCGGAAGCGAUUAAAAAAGAAAAGGAAAAGCUUAACCUAGAGCUACAAAGGUCACAAGCAAAUUUGGAUAUGAAUCAAUGUGAAGUCAUUCAACGUUUAUUAGAGGUCACCAAAGUAGCAGAGUAUUCUCUUCCGGACAAGUGUUCACCUGAAAAAAGUCAUAAGAAAGAGAAUUACAGUUACUCUGAUUCCAAUGAUGACAAGGUUCAUUCAUCUGAUGAAAAAUACCAUACGAAAGUGGAUACUCUUUCACAAUCAAGAUAUUCUGUUUCCCAAAAGGAUGUGAUGUCAACCGGAGGUUCAUAUCAGCAGGAAGAUUGGCACACUGAUCUACUUGCUUGUUGUUCCGAACCUUCUCUUUGUAUGAAGACAUUCUUCUAUCCUUGUGGAACAUUUUCAAAGAUUGCUACAGUUGUAAAAAACAGGCCCAUGUCCUCUGCAGAAGCAUGUAAUGAAUUGAUGGCAUAUUCAUUAAUUUUGUCCUGUUGUUGCUAUACUUGUUGCAUUAGGAGAAAGCUUCGGAAGAUGUUAAACAUCACAGGGGGCUUUGUUGAUGAUUUUCUCUCUCAUUUGAUGUGUUGCUGUUGUGCCCUUGUACAAGAAUGGAGAGAAGUGGAGAUCCGUGGGGUUAGUGGUGCUGAUAAGACCAAAACAAGCCCUCCACCUAUCCAGUACAUGGAAUCUUAAGUAACAAAUGACAAUGUCAUUUAGUUCUUUAGGGAUUCAAGGGUCCCUAAAGACAUUAUGUAGAGGCUACUGGAAUUCUAACUUGAAGGCAAGAACCAUGUAUUUUGAUUCUCACUGUAUCUUGCCUCUUUUAAAUUAUGUAUGUAUAGUAAUUCUAUGGUGUUGUAUUGUACUCGAAAAAAGUAGCUUCUAGUUUUAUCGGGUGUAUCAUUAAUAUUUUGUUUUCAUGGUUUACUAUAGUUUGAGUUAAUUUAUUGGCAUAUUAUGUUGAUAA